GUUGACACCGUCGCUCCCCCGCCGCCGGCGUCGAAGACUGCGCGCGCGGCCACCAUGGGCGGCGGCGGCGGUUACCUCCUGCUCGUCCUCAACCCGCCCUGGACGCCCGAGCACAAGGAGGCUAUCCUGCAGCGUGUCGCCAAAGGCCUGCUAUCAUGGGACGUCAAGGCCACUGGAACAGACCUGACGUCGGCCGAGAAGGUCUGCCUGUCCGUCAAGGUCAGCGCGGGCCCACACAACGAGCUGCUUAUCCAGCACUCGACAGAGAGCCUGGCCCUGGAGGUUCUGCUAAACCCGGAGGUGUCUACGCUUCGCCAGUGCUUCAAGAACAUGAUGGUCUCCGGCACCACUCACAAGCACGUCAUUCACGCCGGUUACGCUUUCGCCGGCUCCGGAGACUGGAUACUCCAGGAUGGCGUCUUCAGCGCCCGCGAUGUUGAGGCGCUGUUGCACGACGCCGAGGUUCAGGAGGUGCUGCGCCGCCAGAAGUUCCACACGUUACACGUCCACUGCUCAGCUGAGGGGAGCUGGGCACAGCCUCCUGUGGGCGUCUGCCUCAACCCGCCAGACAUCGCGGACAGCCUAGCCGGCUCGGCGCACCUGCUCGGCUGCCUGGACGCCGUACUGACGAGCCCUCCCCUAACGAGCCUGCUGCCCUCGUCCAGCGUGGUAGGCAACAUCCGUUUCCGAAGGCCGACCAUGUACGUCUUUCCGGGCGGCCAGGGCGACUGCGCCCUGUUCGGUGUCACAGGCUUCACGCUACUCGUUGAUGGCGGCUUUGCCCGGAAGCCGUGCUUUUGGGAGUUUGUCCGGCACUUAGAUCGCCUGGACUCGCUCCUCGUCACACGCUUCAACCAGUUCAACUCGUGCGGGCUGACGGCGCUGGCGCAACGCAAGGCGCUCGAGCGCGUCUACCCGCAGGUCGGCCACGUCUUCUGCAACGCCGUCCGGUCGCCGUCCGACGAGGAACUGCAAAAGGACCGCGACCAACUCGUCGUCAGUGUUGUCGCUCAAGGACUGGAGUUUCUACAGGGAGUGCGCGAGAUGGGACUGUCACCGCAGGCCUGCCAGAGGGACGUGCGGCCGCACACUCUAUACCACAAAGUGGGCCAUGGCACGCUAGAGAUGUUCGUGCUCAGUCCUGGCCGCUCGACGGAAGAGGACACUUCCGUGUGCGCGCUACUUGUGUGGCGUCCCGCUAAGGUGUCGGAACCCGUCACUCGCAUACUUCUUCCCGGUAGUGCAUCUCAGAGUGUCAUCUUCGAGGGGCUCAACAAACUGGGACAUCUAGCUGUACUAAAGAGUCGCGAGGUCACCGCGGAAGCGCGGCUAGGAUUGAAAAAGUCAAAAAUACAAGACAAACCGCUCCGAGCAACCUCAGUGCCUCCCAGACCAAGCGUCGCCAAGAGGGCGGCUGUUAAAGCCGAGUCUCCGUCACCAUCGCCGACACCGCCGCCAGCCGAAAAGCACAGAGCGGCGGCGAAGCCUACAAACAAGUCUGCCGAAUCUCUGCCCAAAAAACAGGAUGAGGUGAAAAGGCCUUCAAAAACAAGUGCCAAGAAGGAACCGAAGAAGACAGCCGCAGAAAAGGCUGACACUAAAGAAGAAAAGGUUGCCAAGAUCACUGCCAAAAUUCCAGCAAAAGUAGGUGAAACAAUGCCUGACAAGGAAAAAAUGGUUGAAAAACUGGGGGAAAAUGAAUUAGAUAACAUUCCAGAAAAAAACAUCUCCAAGAUAAUCAGCGACAGGCCACUCAAAAAGCUUCCAGUCGAGAUCGAAAAGAUAGACACGAAAGCACAAGAAGAAAUUGUUGCUAAAGUAGACGAAAAGGUCGCCGCAAAACGUGAAUUGAAGAAGGCUACACCUGCUAGACCACCAGCGAAGAGCAAAGGAGCGAAAGACGUCACAAACAAGAUGGCAGUUGAAAGCAAGACGAUCGCGCGAAAGACCGCCGAACCAGCAAAGGUGAAGCCGCGCCCAGUUGUUGCCCCUCCCACACGACCUAUGGUUCGAGAUUCCAAGUCGAAGUCACCAUCUAGUUCUGCAUCUAGUUCGCCGAAACGCGCGCCUCCUAAGCCUACGACCGAGCGACCAGUAAGGUCAGUAAGGGGAGGAGUGCGGACAGCGAAACCUGCUACUGCAGAACCGGUGAAAGCAGUUGAAGUCGAGAAACCUUUGUUGACAGAGAAGCCCACGGCCCAAGUAAAGCCCGACAAAAGAAUUGAGGCCGUAGCGUUGUCUGGAGAUGAAAGUUCUGGAUCGAAAGAAGCCAUUGAGGAAAAAGCAGCAACAGAAGCUACGAAAGAAGACAAACCUUUCAUCGAGCCUUCUAGCAGCGACGAAAGCAAGAAAGAUAUCUUGAAACAGAAGUCCCCCACUGUCGACGAAGUUCCGAUCAAAGCGGUGCUUCUAGGUACUGCGCAUGCCACGCCAGCAACAGAUGAAGUCCAAGCAGUGCCAACAAAGCCUCUCGAAAAGGAAAUUGUCGCCGCCGAGAUGUGGCCUACGGAAGGCAAUGGCAAAGAACUUGUUGAACCUCCGGAGCAUGCGCUAUCCCCAGAGCCUACUAUAUCUGCAUCAUCUGAGGGUGUGCCAUCUCUGGUUGACGAAGUUAUUGACAUCUCUCUAAAAGCAGAUUCUUCCGUCGCGAUGCAGAUUGCCGAGCCGGAACUUAGCAGAGUCCGAGCUCUCUCCAGUGGACAGCGAACACCAGACUCUCUGGACACGCCCCGCGAAGUCGGAGACGGCACAGCGCCAUCCUCUAGAGACGAGAUACUCGAAGCUAUGGAAAAACAUCAGCUUGUUUCCAGAGAACAAGUUCUCGAAAUCAAGAGGAGGGACUCCGUCGACUCCAUUGAAGGAGAAAUCGCCAUGGAAGAUGAGGAAAUUGUCCAUCCACCUCAAGAAGCCGACGCGGAACCAGCAGGAGCCCUAACAGAAAAGGUGCAACCAGAACUUGAGAAACCAGUGGAGGGAGCUCCAGUUAGCGAAGCUCCUGAGGUAGUCAAAAAAGAGACUGCCGAGCCUGAGACUACAGAAAAACUGCAGCCAACUACUGGCCGACCAGCAGAGGGUACCACUGAGAGCCCGGUUCCUGAGUUCGCCGACAAGACACCUCCAAAAUCUGAAACAGUCGAAAAGGUGGACCAAGAAAUUAAAGAAACAGCUCCUGAUAUUCACGCGACUGAACCAUCGGACACUGCACUAAGAAAGCCUGCCGAGUCUGAGGAUGCCGAAAAGGUGGAGCCUGCAAUUGAGAGAGCAGAUGAGCCGACUAGUGUCAGCGUUGUCUCUGAGUUCUUGGAGAAGAGGCCUACCGAGACCGAGAGUUCUGAAAAAGUGGAACCAGAAAUUCCGAAGCAACCUGAUGAGUCUCAGAGUGUUCAAAACGCCGUGCCAGCGCUUGAAAGACCGUCAGAGAAGACUCCUUCCACCGCAGUGCGUGAUGUAGCAAAGCCUGCCGAGCAUGAGGGCACUCAGAUAGAAGAGCCUUGGAUUGAGACACCAGCUGGAGAAACCCUUGUGGAUGUAGGAUCUCAUGUGGCAGAAAAGCACGCAAAGCCUGAAAGCGUCAAAGAGAAAGAAACUGAAAUUAAAACAAAACCUGAGGAGACUCCUUACACUUCAGUGGCUGGGGUCGAUGAGCAGAAACCAGCCAAGUCUGAAAUAUUGCAACACGCGGAACCAGAAAUUGAGAGACCAGCUGAUGAGACUCUUCGGGACGCAGUGCCUGACGUCGAGCUGAAGAAGCCUAAAGAACAUGAGGAUGUCAAAGAGUUGCAACCGGAGAUUGAAAGCCCAACUGAGGAAACUCCUGUGAGUGCAGUGCCUGAGGUCAAGCCGAAGAAGACUACAGAACACGAGGUUGUCGAAAAGCUGCACCCGCAGAUUGAGAGGCCAAUGGAGGUAUUGCCUGCAAGUGCAGAACCAGAGGUCACGGCGAUGAAGCCUGCAGAACAUGAGUGUGUCGAAAAGCUGCAACCGGAAGUUGAGAGUCCCAUUGAGAAAGCUCCUGUGAGUGCAGUGCCUGUGGUCGACUCCAAGAGGCCUACAGAACAUGAGAGUGAUGAAAAAAUGGAACGGGAGGUAGAAAGUCCAACAGAGGAAACACAUGUGAGCGCAGUGGCUGAGCUCGAGCCGAAGAAGCCUGCAGCACAAGAGGGUGUCGAAAAGCUGGAACUGGAUGUUGAGAGGCCGGCUGCGGAAACUACUUUUAGCGAAGUGCCUAAAGUCGAGGCUAUGAAGCCUACAGAACAGGAAAGUGUUGAAAAGCUCGAACGGGAGGUUGAGAGGUCAACCGCGGAAACUCAUGUGACCGCAGUGCCUGAGGGCGAACCGAAGAAACCUACACAAGAGGAGGGUGUUGAAAAGCCACAACCGGAGGUUGAGAGGUCAAUUAUUGAAACUCCUGUUAGCACAGGGCCUGAAGUCGAGGCGAUGAUUGCUACAGAACACGAGGGUGUCGAAAAGCUGCAGCCGGAGCUUCCGAGGCCAACGGAGGUAACCCCUGUGAGAGUAGUGCCUCAGGUCGAACGGAAGAAACGUACAGAAGAGGAGGUCGUUGAAAAGCCACAGCCAGAGGUUGAGAGGCCAACCAAAGAAAUUGCAGUGAGUACACUGCCUGUGGUCGAGCCGAAGCCUACAGAACACAAGGAUGGCGAAAAGCUGGAAUGGGAGGUUGAAAGGCCAACUGAGGAAACUCCAGUGAGUGCAGUAUCUGAGGUCCAGCCUAUGAAGCCAGCAGAACAGGAGGGUAUCGAAAAACUCCAACCGAAGGUUGAGAGGCCAACUGAAGAAACUCCAGUAGGUGCAGUGCCUGAGGUCCAGCCGAAGAAGCUUGCAGAACAAGAUGAUGUCGAAGACCUCCAACCGGAGGUUGAGAGGCCAACUCAAGAAACUUUAGUGAGUGCAUUGCCUGGGAUUGAGCCGGAAAUGCCUACAGAACACGAUGGCGUCGAAAAGCUCCAACCGGAGGUUGAGAGGCCAACUCGGGAAUCUCCAGUGAGUGUAGUGCCUGAGGUCCAGCCGAAGAAGCCUGCAGAACAUGAGUAUGUCGAAAAGCGGGAACGGGGAGUUGAAAAGCCAACUCAGGAAGCUCCAGUCAGUGCAAUCCAUGGUGUCGAGCCGAAGACGCCUACAGGUCUAGAGGGUGUGGAAAAACUCCAACCGGAGGUUGAGAGGCCAACUGAGGUAACGCCAGUGAGUGCAGUGACUGGGGUCGAGCCUGAAAAGCCUGAAGAACAUGAUGACGUCGGAAAGCUCCAACCUGAGGUUGAGAGGCCAACUGAUGAAACUCCAGUAAGUGCAGUGCACGCGGUCGAGUCGAAGAAGCCUACAGAACAUGAUGGUGUCGAAAAGCUCCAACCGGAGGUUGAGAAGCCCACUGAGGAAACCCCAGUGAGUGCAGUCCCUGAGGUCGAGCCGGAAAAGUCUAGAGAACAUGAUGACGUCGAAAAGCUCCAACCGGAGGUUGAUAGGCCGCCUGAGGAAACCCCAGUGAGUGCAGUCCCUGCGAUCGAGCCGGAAAAGCCUGGAGAACAUGAUGGCGUCGAAAAGCUCCAACCUGAGGUUGAGAGACCAACUGAGGGAACCCCAGUGAGUGCGGUGCACGCGGUCGAGUCGAAGAAGCCUACAGAGCAUGAUGGCGUCGAAAAGCUCCAACCCGAGGUUGAGAGGCCAACUGAGGGAACCCCAGUGAGUGCAGUGCCUGGGGUCGAGUCAGAAAAGCCUCCGGGACAUGAUGGUGUCGAAAAGCUCCAACCGGAGGUUGAGAGGCCAACUGAGGAAACUUCAGUGAGUGCAGUCCCUGGGGUCGAGCCGGAAAAGCCUACAGCACAUGAUGGCCUCGAAAAGCUCCAACCGGAGGUUGAGAGGCCAACUGAGGAAACUUCAGUGAGUGCAGUCCCUGGGGUCGAGCCGGAAAAGCCUACAGAACAUGAUGGCGUCGAAAAGCUCCAACCUAAAGUUGAGAGUCCCACUGAGGAAUCCCCAUUGAGUGCAGUCCCUGGGGUCGAGACGGAAAAGCCUACAGAGCAUGAUGGCGUCGAAAAGCUGCAACCCGAGGUUGAGAGGCCAACUGAGGGAACCCCAGUGAGUGCACUGUCUGGGGUCGAGCCAGAAAAGCCUACAGGACGCGAUGGUGCCGAAAAGCUCCAACCGGAGGUUGAGAGGCCAACUGAGGAAACUUCAGUGAGUGCAGUCCCUGGGGUCGAUGUUGAAAAGCCUACAGAACAUGCUGGGGCCGAAAAGCUCCAAUCGGAGGUUGAGAGGCCAACUGAAGAAACUCCAGUGAGUGCAGUCCCUGGGGUUGAGCCGGAAAAGCCCACAGAACACGAGGAUGUCCAAAAGCUGGAACGGGAGGUUGAGACGUCAACUGAGGAAAAACCUAUUAGUGCAGUGCCUGAUGUCGAUUUGAAGAAGCCUUCAGAAAAGAAGGGUGUCGAAAAGCUGCAACCGGAGGUUGAGAGGCCAACUGAGGAAACACCUGUGAGUGCAGUGCCUGAGGUGGAGUCGAAGAAGGCUACAGAACCAGAGGGUGCCGAGAACCUGGAACGGGAGGUUGAAAGGCCAACUGAGGAAACUCCUGCGAGCGCCCUGCCUCAGGUCGAGUCGAAGAAGCCAACAGAACAUGAGGUUGCCGAGAAGCUGGAACGGGAUGUUGAAAGACCAACUGUUGAAACUCCUGUGACCGCAGUGCCUCAGUUCGAGCCGAAGAAGCCCACAGAACAUGAGGUUGACGAAAAGCUGGAACUGGAGGUUGAGACAUCAACUGAGGAAAAACCUGUUAGUGCAGUGGCCGAAGUCGAGUCAAAGAAGCCUGCAGAACUCGAUGGUGUCGAAAUACAGGAAACGGAAGUUGAGAGGCCGACUGAGCAAACUCCUGUGAGCGCAGUGCCUCAGAAAGAGCCGAAGAUGCCUACAGAAAAGCUGCAGCCGGAGGUUGAGACGUCAACUGGCGAAAAACCUGUUAGUGCAGUGCCGGAGAUCGAGUCGAAGAAGCCUUCAGAACAGAAGGGUGUCGAAAAGCUGCAACCGGAGGUUGAGAGGCCAACUGAGGAAACAUCUGUGAGUGCAGUGCCUGAGGUAGAGUCGAAGAAGCCUACAGAACCAGAGGGUACCGAGGACCUGGAACGGGAGGUCGAAAGACCAACUGUUGAAACUCCUGUGAGCGAAGUGCCUAAGGUCGAGCCGAAGAAGCCUACAGAACAUGAGUUUGACGAAAAGCCGGAACUGGAGGUGGAGACAUCAACUGAGGAAAAGCCUGUUAGCGCAGUGGCUGAAGUCGUGUCGAAGAAGUCUGCAGAACUGGAUAGUAUCGAAAUCCAGGAAAUGGAAGUUGAGAGGCCGACUGAGCGAACUCCUGUGAGCCCAGUGCCUCAAGAAGAGUCGAAGAAGCCUACAGAAAAGGAGAUUUCCGAAAAGCUGCAGCCGGAGGUUGAGACGUCAACUGAGGAAAAACCUACUAGUGCAGUGCCCGAGAUCGAGUCGAAGAAGCCUUCAGAACAGAGGGGUGUGGAAAAGCUGCAACCGGACGUUGAGAGGCCAACUGAGGAAACACCUGUAAGUGCAGUGCCUGAGGUAGAGUCGAAGAAGCCUACAAAACCAGAGGGCACCGAGGACCUGGAACGGGAGGUUGAAAGAUCAACUGAGGAAACUCCUGUGAGCGCCCUGCCUGAGGUAGAGUCGAAGAAGCCUACAGAACAUGAGGUUGUCGAGAAGCUGGAACGGGAGGUUGAAAGUCCAACUGUUAAAACUCCUGUCAGUGCAGUGCCUGGGGUCGAGUCAAAGAAGCCUGCAGAAUAUGAGGUUGACGAAAACCUUGCACGGAAGGUUCAAAUAUCAGCUGAGGAAAAACCUGUUAGUGUUGUGCCUGAGGUCGAGUCGAAGAAGCCUGUAGAACAGGAGGGUGUCGAAAUCGAGGAACCGGAGGUUGGGAGGCCGACUGAGCAAACUCCUGUGAGCGCAUUACCUGAAGUCUGUUCGAAGAAGCCCUCAGAGCAGGAGGGUUUCGAAAAGCUCCAUCCGGAGGUUGAGAAAUCAACUGAGGAAACACCUGUGAGUGCAGCGCCUAAGGUAGAUUCGAAGAUUCCCACAGAACUAGAGGGUGCUGAAAAGCUGGAACGGGGGCUUGAUAGAGCAACUGAGGAAACUUCUAUGAGCGCAGUGCCUGAGGUCGAGUCGAAGAAGCCUACAGAACAUGAGGUUGUCGAAAAGCUGGAACGGGGGGUGGAGACGUCAACUGAGAAAAAACCGGUCAGUGCAGUACCUGAGGUCGAGUCAAAGAAGCCUUUAGAGCAUGAGGACGACGAAAGGCUGGAAAUGGAGGUUGAGGGGUCAACUGAGGAAACACCUGUGAGGGCAGUGCCUGAGGUCGAGUCGAAGAAGCCUAUAGAACAGGAGGGUGUCGAAAAGCUGCAACCGGAAGUUGAGAGGUCAACUGAGGAAACACUUGCGAGUGCAGUGCCUGAGCUCGAGUCUAAGAAGCUUGAAGAUCAGGAGAGUGUCGAAAAGCUCCACCCGGAGGUUGAGAGGCCAGCUGCCGAAACUCCUGCGAGCGAAGUGCCUGAGGUCGAGUCGAAGCCUACAGAGCAGGAGGGUGUCGAAAAGCUGGAACUGGAUAUGGACAGGCUACCUGAGGAAACUCCUAUGAGAUCAAUGCCUGACCUCGAGCAGAAGAAACCUGAAGAAUUUGUGGGUGUCGAAAAGCUGCAACCGGAUGUUGCGAUGGCAUAUGAAGAGACUGCUAUGGGUGCCGUGCCUGAGAUUGAGCACAAGAAAAAGACAGAGCACGAGCGGGUCAAAAUGCUCGAAACAAAGAUUGAGAAGCCAUUUGAAGAAACUGGGCUGAGUGGAGCGCCUGAGGUCGUCCACAAGGAACCUACAGAACAUGAUGGUUUUGAAAAGCUGAAACCAGUGAUUGAGAGGCCAGCUGAAGAGACUACCGUCAGAGCAGUGCCUGAGGCCGAGCAGAAGAAACAUGCAGAACAUGAGGGUGUCGAAAAAAUAAAACCAAUAUUCGAGAGGCCACUUGAAGAGACUCCUCUGGAUGCUGUGCCUCAGUUGGACCAGAAGAAACCUACGCAGCACGAGGGAAUCGAAAAGCCUGAACGGCAGAUUGAGACACCAGCUGAAGAGACUACAUUUAUCCCCCUGCCUGAGAUCGAACAGAAGGAACAUACAGAACAUAAGGGUGUCGAAAGGCUGCAACCGGAGAUUGAAAGCCCAGCUGAAGAAACUACUGUGAGCGCAUUGCCUCAAGUUGAGCUGAAGAAACCUGGAGUCGAAAGGCUUGAACCGGAGGUUGAGAAGCCACCAGGGGAAACUCCUGUGAUUGCAGUGCCUGAGGUCGAGCAGAAGAAACCUACAGAAAAAGAGGGUGUCGAAAGGCUCGAACCAAAGGUUCAGAAAUCACCGGAGGAAACCCAUGUGAGUGCAGUGUCUGAUGUUGACCAGGAGAAACCUAUGGCGCAUGAGAGUGUCCAAAAGCUGGAAGUGGAGCAUGACAUGCCACGUGAGGAGAUUCCUGCAGGUACAGUUUCCAAGGAAGAGGAGAAGUCUGUCAAGCCAGAUAGUGAGAAAAUGGUAGAACCUGAAUUCGACAGACCAGCAGAAAAGACUCUUGUAAGUGCAAUGCCUGAGGUCGAACAGAAGAAACAUGACGGUGUUGAAAGGCUGGAACAAAUAAUUGGGGCACCAACUGAAGUGACUUUUGUUAGUGCAGCUGCAGAGGUUGAAAAGAAACCCUCAGAACCUGAAGAAUGUAUGGGCGUCGUAAAGCUGGAAGCAGAGAUUGCAAAACCACCUAAGGAGACUCAAGUUACCGCAAUUAGUGAGGUCGACCUGAAGGAACCUACAGAACACGAGGGCAUGGAAAAGCUCGAGCCGGAGAUUGAGAGGUCGCCUGAGGAAAUUCCUGUCAGCACACUGCCUGAGGCCGACGAGAAGAAAACGGCAGAAGAGGAGGGCAUCGAAGAACAGGAACCGGAGAGUAAGAGAGAACCUGAAAAAACUCCUUCGGGUACAGUACAUGAAGUCGAAGAGAAAAUGCCGGCCCAACCUGAGACUAUGAAAACGAUAUCACCAGAGACUGGGAGACCUGCUGCGGAGCCGGCUUUCAGUGCAGUUCUUGAUAUCGAGAAGAAGCCUACAGAACCGGAAAGUGCGGAAAAGCUGGAACUAAAGAUUGUCAGUGCAGUGCCGGAGGUCGUGAAGAAACCGGAAAGGGUCGAAAAGCUCGAACCGGAGGUUGAAAAACCACCUGUCAGUGUGGUGGCUGAGGUCGAGGAUAAGAAGCCUGCUGAACCUGACAGUGCAGAAAUGGUGAAACCUGAAAUCGAAAGACCGAUUGAAGAGACCCCUAUAAGCGCGAUAUCUCAGGUCACAGAGAAGAGACCUGCGGAACGUGAGAGCGUUGAGAAGUUGGAACAGGAGAUUGAGAAGGCAACUGGACAGCUUCCUUUGAGUGCAAUGACGGAAGAGGGGGAGAAAAAACAUACAAAACCUCUGCCUCAGAGUGUCGAAAAAGUUGAACCGGAGAUUGGGACACCACCGGAACCGGAUGCUUUGGAUUCAUUGCUUAAGGACACAGGGAAGAAAUCCCCUGAUCCUGAGAAUGUCGGAAAGCUCGAACCGGAAAUUGUAAGGUACCAAGAGGAGGCUCGUGUAAGUACAGUGCCUAAAGUCCAGGAAAAGAAAGCUACGGAGCUUGCAAGUGAGGGAAAGGUAGAACCGAGGAUUGAGGGGCCAGCUGAAGAUAUUUCUGUGAGUCCAGUGCCAGAAGGGGAGAAGCGACCUACCGAGCCUGAGACCAUUUUGAGCGCCGUACCAGCAUUUGAAAGAGAAAUACCUGCCGAGCCUGAGAUUGUCACAAAUAUUCAAAAAGAAGAUGAAACAGCUGAAGAUAGUGCGGCUAAAUCACUGGACGUGGUGGCGGAGAAGGAGCUUGCAGAGCCAGUCGACAUCCGAAAGAUGGAGCCGGAGGCUGAAAGACCAGCUGAUAAUAGUUUUGAGAGCUCUGUGCCAGAGGUCGUAGAGAAGGCAUCUGCCGAACAGGAAAUUGUCCCAGCAGUAGAGCAAGAAAAGAAACCUGGCGAGCCAGAGGGCAUUCAAAAAGAGAAGUCUGAUAUUGAGAGACCAGCUAAAGAUACUCCUGUCAGUGCUGUGUCAGAAAGCACUGAAAGAAAGCUGUCAGAGCCUGGCAGUAUCCAGACAAUAGAACAAGGGAUCGGGACGCCAGCUGAGGAAAUUGCUAUGACUGCAGUUGCUGAGGUUGCGGAGAGAUUACCUUCCGGAGUGGAUGAUAUCCAAAGGGAACAUGAAUACCUAGAAAUGCCGGACGAUAUCAGUGUCACGCCAAUGCUGACGGAUAAAGAACCCACCAAGCAAGAUGAUUCUCAUGAGGGCGAACCUCAGAUCGAGAAGUCAGUUGCUAAAACACAAGCAAGUGACUUGCACGAAAUCCUAGACACAGUACAUCGCGAGUCGCCAGGAAAUGACAUUCAUGAAAAAGAGGUUCCGACUCCUGUGAGUGAAACAGCAGAAAUCACGGAUGCAAAACCUGUCAAGGCCGAGGAUGUCGAAAAGACAGCUCUCCAUGGAAAGCCUCUGAAGCCUGGUGAUAGCGGCAAUGAAAAACCGCUAAGCGAGACACCAGAAGAAAAGAGGGAUAAAACACAGACAGAGAAACCAGUAUGCGAAGCUUCGAUAAGUUUUAUGACAACGGUUGUGGACAGAAAGCCUCCUGAGUAUGACGAGCAAGAACUUCACCUUGAGAAGCCAGAAGACACGGCUUCUGCUAGCACCUUGAAAGAGGCUGAAGAGAGAAAGCCCACGAAGCAAGAAGAUAUCGCAAGUGAAAAACCAUGUUUCGAGGAGCAAGCGCUGCAGACUCCUGUCAGUACUGCCUUUUAUGUUGCAGAUUAUAAGGCUCCUGAGCUCGAAGUUCUUGAAAAGCAAGAAUUGGAGAUUCUGGAAGCAGGACAGAGGUCUCCUAUAAGUACUCUGUCAGAGAUCCCGCAUGAAAAGACAGCAGAACCUGAACAUCGUGAAAAACAAGAAACUUCCAGCAAGCCUGGGGGUAUUGGGAAGCAAAUAGACGAACUUGAGGGCAAGCUAGACGAUAAGAUUCCUGUGGAGGCCCUCACGGGCACCGCCGAUACAAAGCCUGUUACGCCUCAAUGCGCUGACAAGGAAGAACCACAGGUCUACCAACCAGCAGACACAGGUGUUGUGCCAGAACUGGCAGACGAGAAGCCGUCUCAGCUUGACUUUCUCGAAAAACGUGAACCAGAGACUGAGAAACCUGCAUCAAAGGUAGAAGAGGUCGUAGACGAAACGCAUAUCAAGCCUGAUAUGAAAACAGUUGGUUCAGGAGAUGAAAAACGUGCAACAUCAGCAAGCGAGAUCCCAGCCGCCGCUGACCAACUAGACCUGCAAACUGGUGACUUGGAAAGUCCAGGGAGAGAAAUACAGAAGGAAGAACAGUAUGUCCGUGACAUUUCACCAUCUGCUGGCGACAAACGCGAAUCAAACGAUAUGAAGGAUAUCCUUGACAGAUAUGCUACUCAAGAACCGGUCUCUCCGUUCGGACACCAGGAGCCUGAGAUGGUCGUCUCCAGCAAAGAUAAACCAGAAACAAAAUCUGAGGAAAUCAUAGCCGAACAAAUCGAUAAAUAUGAAAAAGCAAGAUUGUCAGAGCAAAGCUCACUUGACCAAGAAGGAAUUGUUACGUCUCCUGGUGACGAGACCGCUGAUGAAGAUGGUCAUACAAGUAUUCGAAGUGACAUCGAACUCGACAAAACUACGGCGGAAGUUCAUGAAGUUCAGGAUAUUGAAUCAGCAGUUGACGAGGUGGUAGAUGAAGGUGUAGUAACCUCUCCAUCUCACUCUAUUGAGGAUGAUGCCCUCCACUUGCAUGCAGAUUCCGAAAAUGCGCCAUACGACGGCGUACAUAUUACCGAGAUUCAAGACGAGCAUGGAAAAGAACAGAUACUUAAGCCAAAAGAGGAGCCGUCAGGUGGCAUAUUAGGUCAAAUACAACCAAAAGAUGUGGAUAGCGGUGACGAUGGGCUGCAAGUACCACAGGAUGGGGUCACUGUGCCACAUUUGGAGACAAAGGAAGUUAAGCAUCCUGAAGAACACAAGCCAUCUACUUCUGAAGAAUCACCUCCGGCAGAUCAUUUGCGAAAAAUAAGUAAGGACGAGGGACCUCAACAAGACGUUGAAGACAUUCAAUUGCGGGGAAGUGUUGCUUCACAAUCAUUCCUAUUCGGUGAUACCUGCUCCUCUGACGCCGCGCUGCCGGCAGAAGCAUCAGACUUGCAUCAGCCGGGCUACCUUCCGGAAGAUUAUGAUAUUCUUCCAUCUACUGCUUUGAUUCCGGAGGUAGAUGGCACCAUUGCUGAAGACCUUAUUGCUGCCAAAGAACAAGCUCAGAAACAGCUUGAAGAUGAAGAUGAUGUGCCACCAAGUUUUUCUCGAGCAAGCUCUGAUAAAGAUCACUCAGCCACUGAAAAGGAUGACGGUCCGUUACAAGAGGAUAGGUUGCCAGGCUUCACGAAAUGUAGCGAAAAGCCAUCUGAACACCAACAUACACAGACAAAAAAAUUUGAAAAAGACAAUGCCCCUGCGGUUUCUGAGCUAUCUGAUGACGCCUCUAAAGUAUCUGAAGAAACUGCGCAACAUGAUAUUCAAGCACUGCGUGACGAAACAGAUAGUCUUAAACCAGACGACUGUGAUCCCUCCGUUCCGACAGACUGCCGAACGCCAGAUACUUCAUUCUGA